CAUCCCUCACAAAUAAUGGUAAUAAAAAUUAUCUUCGGGUGUAUCUAUUUUUAUUAACGGAUCUUUUAUUGGUUUGUGAGCAAAAUCAAAAUUCCAAUUUUAAAUUCAGUUUAUUAUAUACACCAUUAAGUGGGAAACAUUUGGAAGUCACCGAUAUUAGUAAUGGAGAAAGAGGAAUGAUAAAAUUGGAUUUUUUAAAGAAAGAAUCUUUAAUAUUAUUUCCUAAUUCAGUUAAUGUCAAAAAUAUUUGGUUGAAUGAAUUAUCCAAUACUAUAAAGUUUGUCAAAAAUGUGAACAAUCCAAUUAUUACUACCUCUCAACAUCCUUCUCAACCUAUUCCUUCAUCAACAUCAAAAUUAACAUCAAUACCAUCAUCAACACAGAAUGAAUUAAGAACAUCAUCCAAUAGUUUCAAUAGUUCUAACAGUUCUAAUGAUUCUAAUUAUUACAAUAGUUCAGAACGAAAUACUUUAAAUAAUAUACAUAAUUUACGUUCCCGUACACCUGAACCUCUUCGUUAUUCGGGAGGUAAAGAAUAUCCCGGAGAUAUUCUGGAUUAUUGGAUUAAUGAAAGUUGGAAAUCAUUUGCAGAAAAUUGUACAGUUGAAGUUAGAAUUACUACAACGAUGGUAGGUUGUUGGUCUAUUAUAUUACAAAAGAGUAAUAGGAUGGUACUUAAUUCUUGGAUUUAUUUAUAUACAACAAUACAUCGAGAUUCUUCAACUCAAAUUAGUAUUUCUUGUAAAAUGGAUCAAAAUAAAGAAUAUUAUAGAAUUAAUUGUCCAUGUUCUUAUGAUUCCGAUCAACUAUUUCAACAUUUAAUUGAUGCUCGAAAAUUAUUGAUACAAAAGAGAUCAAAUACUCCAACUCAAGAAUUUUUAAUUUCAAGAUCAUCCUCAUUACAAAAGAAUGAUCAAGGAUUAAUUUCAAGAACAUUUUCAUUACCUACAUUAAAACAACAAAAGAUUAAUCAAAAAAUAUCCAAAAAAUCAGAACAAACUUUUAAAUUAUUACUUGAAUGUAAAGUAAAAAUUUUUUCACAAAAAGAUCAUGGAAAAUGGACAAAUCUUGGUUGGGGAAUUAUGAAAUUAAUAAUGGAAUUACCAUUUCAUGAAAUUCGAAUAAAUAUUGGUAAUGAAAAACAAAUAAAAUUGAUAGAUUCCAUUGUAUCAUCUGAUGGUGUGGAAAGAUUAAAUAAAACAAAUAUCGCUAUGACUUUGAAUAAUUUUAAUUCGGGAUUAAAGAAUAUUUAUAUGAUACAAUUGAAAGAUGAAUCAACUACU